AAAGAACCAGGUGUUAUAUAUUUAAGUAGAAUACCUACUGGAAUGACUGUUAGAUCUUUUAAAGAAAUAUUGGGAAGAUAUGGUAGAAUAACACAUUGUUAUUUACAACCAGAUGAAAAAACUGUGACCAAGAAAGGCAGGAAAUAUUCUGAAGGAUGGAUUGAAUAUGCAGAUAAGAAGUUAGCUAAAAGAGUUGCUUUAUCCCUAAACUGUCAAAGAGUAGGAUAUAAAAAGAGUAGUAAAUGGUAUGAUGAACUGUGGAACAUGAAAUAUCUCUCUAAAUUUAAAUGGUUUCAUUUGAAUGAACGUCUUGAGUAUGAACACGCUUUACGUGAACAGAAAAUGAGAAAAGAAGUGACACUAGCGAAAAAAGAAGCGAGUUUUCAUACACAAAAUAUUGGAAAGAGUAAGAAAAUGAGAAAAAUGGAGAAAAGAAAAAAGGAA